UCAGACACUGUUGUAAAAUUAAAAUGUGACGCCAGUGGACUUUGAUACAUUUAACCUGAGAUUAUUGCAACGUGCAGGUUUGGUGUUGCACACAAGGAAGUAAAGUGAAAUUUACGAGAAGGCGGGGCCUCGGCUUUAAAAGGAAACCUUCAAUGAGUCAAGUUUCUGUGCUCGCGGUGGACGUUGGCUCUCUCGGCAGUUAUAUAUUGUAGAAUUUGGAUUGGAGCAGUUACCGUCCGGGCCAAGAAUAAUUAAUGAUGUUGACUUCAAUCUUUUUGAUGCUAUUCUGUAUGUUUCCACACCAGGGUACACAGGACACUGUUUCAAAGGAGCAGUCGUGCGAUCAGGCACAUUGCCAUCAGGUAGCUGGAUACCUUGAAGACUGCACUUGUGAUGCUGAAACUAUUCAAGAAUUAAACAACAAGCUAUUCCCCAAAGUACAAGAGCUCCUCAAAAGUGACUACUUCAGGUAUUAUAAGGUCAAUUUAAAGAAGCCUUGCCCCUUCUGGUCAGAUAAUAGCCACUGUGGUCUGAGGGAUUGUGCUGUUAAACCUUGUGAGCCAAGUGAUCUACCGGCAGGAAUUAGAUCUGAAAGCUUUAAGUACACCGAGGAUGCAAAUACUAUUUCUCAACAUGAUCAUGAAUGUGAAAAGGCUGAGAAGCUUGGUGCUGUUAACAAUUCUUUGAGUGAGGAAACAAAGCAAGCAGUGCUUGACUGGACCAGACACGAUGACUCCACAGACAACUUCUGUGAAAUUGAUGAUGAACAAUCUCCAGAUGCUGAGUACGUUGACCUGCUUCUCAACCCUGAACGUUAUACGGGCUAUAAAGGUAGAGAAACAUGGAAAAUCUGGAAUAGUAUCUAUGAAGAAAACUGUUUUAAGCCCAACUCCAUUAGACGACCAUUCAACCCACUGGGUCCUGGCAAAGGUGACAGUGAGGAAGGAACCUUCUACAAUUGGUUGCAAGAUUUGUGUAUAGAGAAGAGAUCAUUUUACCGAACUAUUUCAGGCCUCCACACCAGCAUUAAUAUCCAUCUUAGUGCACGAUAUCUGUUACAUGAUACCUGGUAUGCAAGAAAAUGGGGGCACAACAUUACAGAAUUUAAGCAGAGAUUUGAUCCACAAAUUACCAAAGGAGAAGGACCACGCAGACUCCAAAACCUUUAUUUCUUGUACCUCCUGGAGUUGAGGGCUUUAUCUAAGGUGUUGCCCUUCUUUGAACGUGCUGCCUUCCAACUUUACACAGGCAAUGAAGCACAGGAUAAAGAAAAUAAAAACCUUCUUCUGGAAAUUCUCAACUUGGCCAAAUCAUUCCCUUCACACUUUGAUGAGCGUACCUUGUUUGCUGGGAAGAAAAAAGAAUCUGAAAAUCUCAAGGAAGAAUUUCGGCUGCAUUUCAAAAAUAUUUCAAGAAUAAUGGAUUGCAUUGGUUGCUUCAAAUGCAGACUUUGGGGCAAACUUCAGGUACAAGGACUGGGCACUGUACUGAAGAUCCUAUUCUCCGAGAAGCAGAUAAAUAGUUUAUCAGACACCGGUCCAUCUCAAAGAUUUCACUUGACACGGCAAGAUAUUGUUGCACUCCUUAAUGCUUUUGGAAGGAUUUCGACCAGUGUCUGGGAGCUUCAGAAUUUCACAGAACUACUGAAAACCACACAUUGAUGGCACUUAACUGCCUAUCUUCCUUUCCUUCCCUUCCCUUCCCCUCCCCCCUGUCCUUCCCCCCCCCCCCCCCCCCAGAAGUCCUUGUGUUUUUGUUUUGAAGUCAAGAGCUUGUUGCAAAGAUAUUGUAACAAAUUUAAUUGAAUGCUAUAGCUUAAGGAUUUUGUUUUCAAAAAUCAUUAAUGGGCAACUGGCUUAAAUUUUACUGAAUGUAAAAGUGGAUAGUAGUUUAGCCAAACUAUGCCAUGAAAUAGCUUCAGGGAAUUAUGACAUGCUGUAAAUAAUUUAGAAACCAAAGAUGUUGAAUAUUUUUGUAGUGUUUUCACUGGUGCAAUGUUACUGAUUUGACCCUUCUCAGUUUACAAAAUACACUGUUCCACUCCAAAGUUCUUGACUUUGAUUGUUUUCUAACCUGAAUGUUUCAUUGUGGUUAUCAGAAUAAAAUCUGAUGAAAUAU